AUGGCAAUAAUGCUACUAUUGUUUUCAUUGUUAUUGUGGUUAAAUGUUCACAAUCAUAUUCAAUGUUCAUCAUCAAUAACCAUUGAUUUAGCUACAAUAACCAUACCUGAACAUACAGCGGUCAAUCAUUUAUUAGUGUCACUUUCUAAUAUGUUACAUAAAACAACUAAAACAUCUUAUCAUUUUUUACAACCAAAUUCUGAUCCACAACGUUAUUUUAAAUUAGAUUCAAAAACAGGAGAAUUACGUACGGCUAUCGAUCUUGAUCGUGAACAAAUAUGUCAAAAUAGUAAUAAUCAACAUUAUCAUCACCACUAUAGUUCGUGUAAAUUUCAUUUAAAAAUAUUUGAAGUUUCAAAUCAAACAUUAAUUCAUAUACCAAUAAUUAUCACCGAUGUGAACGAUAAUCAACCUCAUUUUCCCUAUCCAUUAUCAACUAUCACUCCACAUAUAUCAGAAAACUCACCAUUACAAUCAAAAUUAUUUAUUGAACAAGCAAAUGAUCGUGAUGAAUUAGAUUAUCAUCGAUUAACCUAUCGAUUAAUUAUUCAAGGAAAUCCAAGUGAUUUUCCAUUUGAAUUAGAAACGCCAGAUAUUUUAAAUGUAGAUACAAAUUCAUUAACAUCAUUAACAGAUCCAAAUCGUUUAGCACUUGUUCUAAAACAAACAUUAGAUCGUGAAAAAAUAGAUAAUUAUAAUUGUACAAUCGUAGUCAUUGAUACUGCCAAACAUGAAGCAUUUUUAUAUGUAAGAAUUAUUGUUGAUGAUGUUAACGAUUGCUCACCAAGUUUUGAAUAUGAUAAAUACUCAGUUCAAAUAGCAGAAAAUAUACCGGUGAAUACUACACUAGUACAAGUUCAUGCAAAAGAUGAUGAUAUUGGUCAAAAUGCAAAAAUUUUCUAUAGUCUAACAGAUGCAUCUAAACAGUAUGAAAAUCAAUUUGCCAUUGAAAAUACAUCGGGAGUAAUAACAUUAAAAAGUAAAUUGGACUAUGAACAACGGACAUCUUAUAUUUUUUAUAUUGAAGCAAAAGAUUCUGGUAAUGAGCCACGAUCAUCUCAUACAUUGGUCAAUAUUACAUUGAUUGAUGUUAACGAUGUUGCACCUCAAAUUCAAAUACGUUUUUUACCAGAAAUUAAUUAUAAUAACAUUGAUUUAGUGGAAAUAGAAGAGAAUUAUCCAAAAGAAAAAUUUUUUGCACAAAUAAUCGUUACAGAUAGGGACACUGGUUUGGGAGGUCAAGUAAAAUUAUCUUUUGUUAGUAAUACAGAAACGAAUACAAAUACCGAUAAUGAUAAUGAUUCAUUUCGAUUAUAUCAGAUUGAUAAUAGUACGUAUCUGUUAAAUCGUAGUAAAACAUUUGAUAGUGAACAACAACAAUGGCAUCGUUUGACAUUUUAUGCCGAAGAUUUGGAUCCAAAACAACCAUUAAGCACAACAAAAACGUUAAUAAUCCGUGUUAUUGACGUUAAUGAUAAUGAACCUGUUUUUCUACAAUCACAGUAUAUUUUAUCCAUUGAUGAAAAUAAUAGCAUGAACGAAACAUUGACACGUAUUGAAGCAUACGAUCCUGAUUCAGCCGACAAUGGCUACAUAUCAUAUUCAUUGGAGACCUCUAACGAUACCGUACCAUUUAUAAUUGAUCGUGAUAGUGGACAAUUAAAAUGCACAACAAUUUUCGAUUAUGAAUUACGUUCAUCAUAUGAAUUUUACAUUAUUGCGAGUGAUCAUGGUCGACAGCCAGGUCCAUUAUCAUCUCGUGCCAAAGUAAUUGUUAAUAUAAAAGAUCAAAAUGAUAAUAAACCAUUUUUCAAUCAAAAACAAUAUGAAUUUUUUAUAAGUGAAGAUCAUAAUCGAACAAUUCCAGUUGGUAUUGUUACUGCAACAGAUCUUGACUCAGAUAUAAAUGGUCGUAUGAAAUAUAGUUUAGAUGAUCAAAUGAUACCAUUUUAUUUGACAAGCAAUGGUGAAUUAAAACUUAACUCAUCCGUAGAUCGUGAACAACAAUCUACUUAUCGAUUUAAUGCUAUUGUAACUGAUAUAAAUGAUUCACGUAUGUCAUCAACGGUGCCAGUUAUCAUUCAUAUCACUGAUGUUAACGAUAAUGAACCACGUUGGGUUUCACCUCAAGAAAAUCAUACGUUAUUAAUUAUAAAUAAGGAUCUUGUAUUGUUGGACAGUAUGAUCGGUCAACUUCGAGCACAUGAUAAUGAUGAAAAUGCCAAUGGUUAUUUAACUUAUACACUUGUCGAGUCAAAGCCAAUUAUAACGUUUUUAUGGUUUCAAAAUGAUGGUCGUAUAAUGGUUAAUUCAACUCCCAUAUUAGGCAGUUAUCAAGUUAUUGUUCAAGCAACAGAUAAUGGAUCACCCAUACGUUAUUCAUCUCUCAUUCAAUUUCAAUUGUUAGUCGGUGACAAUGAGACAAAUGCAACACUAUUCAUGCAACCGAGUAAUGUCGAUGAACUACUUCUUCAUCGUUCAUCAUUAUCAAUAAAACGUAACAUUAUCGUCUUGUCUACAUGUUUCAUUGGUGCAGCUAUUAUUUUGACUCUAAUUGUUUGCACCGUUCUCAUCUUAAUAUGUCGUUAUCGUCGAAAUAAAUAUUUAUAUUAUGUUAAAUGUAAUGAAAAUAAAAAUAAGAAAGAAAAACAACAACAAGAGAGAAAAGAUGUUAUGAUGAUUGUUGAAAAUCGUUUACCAGAUUUAGAACAUAAUUCAUCAAUUUCAACAUGUUCAAAACUUAGUCUAGAAGAUAUUCAUCCAAAACAAACUUCAAAUCAUUCUUCACCAUCGCCAUCCUAUACAGGCGUUAAUCGAGCUGAUAAUCUUUAUAUUCAACAAUUAUCUUCAACUGUAAAACCACCACAAACAAGUGAUUAUUAUAGUAACAGUAGUACACAUCAAGAUGUUGAAGAUGUUGAUGAAUGGACUGAAGACACUGGUGGUUUAAGUGAUACAAACGAAUGGUCAAUAGAAAAAAUUCUCUAUCCCGAUUGGUUAUAUAAAGACUGUAAAACAUUAAAUACUUCAACAUUGAUUGAUUAUAAUAGUUAUCGUGCAUUUGAUCAACAACAGACUAAUCCAAAAAAUUCUAGUUUUUCAAAUACUUCAUUAUUAUUAAAACGAGAACGAACACAUCCUAUGCCAAUGACAUACUCAUUAAUAUCAUCUGUGAAUAAUUCACCAAAACAAGUACAUUUUCAAUCGUCCCCAUCAUCCUAUCGACCAAUAUCAAAUAAAACAUUGUAUGCUCAUGUUAACUCAAUAAUAUCAGCACCGACCAAUGAUCUAAUCAGUUCUUAUCCACAUUUGAAUACAACGACAAAACAUUCUAGAUCAGCAAUGAUAUCUAAGGACACAUUUAUUUGA